AUGGAGCUUGGAAAGAAGGCGCCUGUGUCGGAUGAUUCCCCAUUGGAAGGCCCUACAUGGGAUCUGGAAGAGACCGGCUCUGGUCAGGAGCGCGAAUCUGCGGGCAAAAACAAGGACAAGAGUGCCAACGAAAGUGCUGAUGUGGCUCGUCCUUCGCAUCCUCAAGACGACGCCAACGCUGCAGAGCCUCGAAGCCGUUACAGCCACUACAGCAUGUCUGCACCGUCAACAGCACCCCAUGCGACACAGUUCCUGUUACCGAGGACAGGAGAACGUUUAGCGAUCGUGAUCAUCGCCGCCGUUAUCCUCCUCCGGUCAUGGGUUCUGGCAGCCCUGUUCAAAAGACGAAAUCACGGCCAUGCGGAAAAAGGCGCGCAGAGCGCUAAUCCACCCAACCUCCUCCUCCUUCGACCUCCCCCACCGCGACCCUCCUCCCCUCCACACCGGCUCAGACUGGGGAUGUAG